CUUAUCUCCUCCUUCCCCAAACGUCAAACCCUAAUUUCAUCUGCACAUCUCCAAUCACUGAGGAGAAUUCUACGAUUUAUCAUCUAUCCUUCCGUAGAACAAUGUCUUCGGUUUCAAGCCAGCCGCAGUUUCGAUACACGCAGCCACCUUCAAAGGUACUUCAUUUGAGAAACUUGCCUUGGGAAUGCACUGAAGAAGAGUUGAUUGAGCUCGGGAAGCCCUUUGGUACUGUUGUGAAUACAAAGUGCAAUGUUGGAGCCAAUCGCAACCAAGCUUUCAUUGAGUUUGAAGAUUUAAACCAAGCUAUACAAAUGAUUUCGUACUACGCUUCUUCACCGGACCCUGCUCAAGUUCGAGGUAAAACUGUCUACCUCCAGUACUCCAACAGGCAAGAGAUAGUGAACAACAAAACGGCGGCGGAUGUUGUGGGGAAUGUUCUUCUUGUGACAGUUGAAGGCGAGGAUGCUCGCAUGGUCAGCAUUGAUGUUUUGCAUGUGGUAUUCUCAACCUUUGGAUUUGUCCACAAGAUUACUACUUUCGAGAAGACAGCUGGAUAUCAGGCACUGGUUCAAUUUACUGAUGCGGAUACUGCAACCUCUGCAAAAUCUGCCCUCGAUGGAAGAAACAUCCCUAGGUAUCUAGUCCCUGAGGAACGCCAAUGCUCUCUUAAGAUCACAUAUUCAGCUCAUACAGAUUUGACUGUAAAAUUUCAGAGCCACCGGAGCAGGGACUAUACUAAUCCUUACCUUCCUGUCGCUCCAUCAGCCUUUGAUAGUACUGGUCAGGUGGUUGUGGGUGUAGACGGAAAGAAGAUGGAGCCUGAAAGUAACGUUCUCCUUGCAUCCAUCGAGAACAUGCAGUAUGCAGUAACUUUGGAUGUUUUGCACACGGUUUUUGCGACAUUCGGAGCUGUUCAAAAGAUUGCAAUGUUUGACAAGAAUGGUGGGAUGCAAGCAUUGAUUCAAUACCCAGGUAACAUUCUCUCGUAGUAAAAUACUCAUGUUUUUCUUAAGUCAUUAUUGAUUUGUUGUAAUAAGGUCAAGUUAUCAAUUGAGUAUUGGUCAGAUGUCCAAACGGCUGUGGUGGCGAAGGGAGCGUUGGAAGGACAUUGUAUUUAUGAUGGUGGGUUUUGUAAGUUACACAUCACUUACUCACGCCACACAGACCUCAGCAUAAAGGAGAACAACGAUAGAAACAGAGACUACACGCUGCCUAACCCGUCGGAUGUUGUGAUGACUCCACCAUCUGGCCCGAAUCCAUACCCGGAGCAAUACCAUGAGCCGCAAGGUGGAUGGGGACAAGGUCAGGAUGCUUACAUGGCAGAACCCUCGAUGCAUCAAGGUCCGGGUGGGCAUAUGCCACCGCCACCACAUCAUUAUGGUUAUGGUCCUGGUCCAAGGCAUUAAAAAUAAGAAAAAGAAAGUCGAAGAAGACAAAGUUGUUUUAAUCCGUCUCUCUCUUACAUUUCUCCCAACUCUCUGUGUUUUGUUUUUAGUUUUAUGUUUAUGGAACAUACACUUGUCAUUGUGUCCAAAGAAUCAUAAUCAAAACCAUUGGGUGAAAUUUAUGAAAAUUGUAUAACUUAUUAGAUAAUCUCGGUCUCUUUUUUCUUUUUGAUAAACAACUGUCUUAA